CCAAACAUCCGGGGAAGGCACCCGUCAGUUUCCGUCCGGUGCCGCUCCGCCGGGCGGGGCCCCGGGGCUGCAGGGAGGGCUGGGCCGCGCCGCGCCCCCGCCAGGCACCGAGCACCCUCCCUCCCCCACCGGCCGCCCCCGGCACCCCCCGGUCCGGCCCCGUCCCGUCCCCCCUCACAGCGGGGUUGGGGGACCCCCCGCCCCUCCCCGCCUCGCCCCAUCCCUCCGCGGCCUUCCCGGGGCCGGGCCGGCCUCCCGGAGCGCCGGGUUAUGCCCCCGCCGCCUGCGGGCCGUGUCCCGGCUCCCCCGCCGCGUCCCCGCCGCCCUCGGUGCGGUUAAACCCCCCUCUCCCCGCCGCCUCCCUGUGGCCCAGGCCUCACCGCGGCCGCCUUCCCGGCGAACAUGGAGUUCGCGGAGCUGAUCAAGACCCCCCGGGCGGACAACGUCGCCCUGCACCGCCCUUUCCACCUGGCCGUGGAGGGCACGCUCUGUUUGACUGGCCAUCACCUCAUUUUUUCUUCGCGGCGUCAAGAUAACGCUGAGGAGCUGUGGCUGCUGCACUCCAACAUUGAUUCCAUUGAAAAAAGGUUUGUGGGCUCAUUGGGUACCAUCGUUAUAAAAUGCAAAGAUCUGCGAAUUAUUCAGCUGGAUAUACCUGGAAUGGAGGAGUGUUUGAACAUUGCUAGCUCUAUUGAGGCGCUUUCCACCUUGGAUUCUGUCACUCUCAUGUAUCCCUUCUUCUACCGGCCCAUGUUUGAAAUCGUUGAAGAUGGCUGGCGCUCUUUUCUGCCUGACCAAGAAUUUGAGCUCCUCAGCUCCAUGACAGAUGAAUGGCGUCUAAGCUGCAUCAAUAAGGAAUUCUCUGUGUGCUCCUCCUACCCUCCAGUUGUCAUUGUCCCCAAAUCCAUCGAUGAUGAAGCGCUUCGGAAAGUUGCUAUGUUUCGCUACGGCAGUCGCUUCCCAGUCCUCAGCUAUUACCAUAAGAAGAAUGGGAUGGUGAUGAUGCGAAGUAGCCAGCCUCUUACAGGUACAAAUGGGAGACGGUGUAAAGAAGACGAGAAGCUCAUUAACGCCACACUACGCCCUGGCAAACGUGGCUACAUCAUUGAUACAAGGUCCCUGAACGUUGCCCAGCAGGCCAGGGCCAAAGGAGGGGGCUUUGAACAAGAAGCGCACUAUCCCCAGUGGAGGAGGAUUCAUAAAUGUAUUGAGAGGUUUAAUAUUCUGCAGGAAAGCCUCAUCAAACUUGUGGAAGCCUGUAAUGACCAGUCACACAAUAUGGACCGCUGGCUCAGUAAACUGGAAGCUUCCAACUGGCUGACUCACAUCAAGGAGAUACUAACUGCAGCUUGUCUAGCUGCUCAGUGUAUUGACAGGGAAGGUGCAUCAGUGUUAGUCCAUGGGACGGAAGGAACUGAUUCGACACUCCAGGUAACUUCUCUGGCACAGAUUAUCUUGGAUCCAAGCUGCAGGACCAUACGUGGCUUUGAAUCUCUUGUUGUGAGGGAGUGGCUGCAGGCUGGUCACCCUUUUCAGCAGCGCUGUGCCCAAUCAGCCUAUUCAAAUAGCAAGCAGAAAUGGGAGGCCCCAGUGUUUCUCCUCUUUUUGGACUGUGUGUGGCAAAUCCUUCGUCAGUUCCCUUGCUCUUUUGAAUUCAACGAACAGUUCCUCAUUAUGCUCUUUGAACAUGCUUACGCUUCACAGUUUGGGACUUUCCUGGGAAACAACGAAAAUGAAAGGUCUAAACUGAAGCUGUCGCAGAAGACUAUGUCCCUGUGGUCCUGGGUGAACAGGUCUGAAGAGCUGAGCAAAUUCCAGAAUCCUCUUUUUGAGGCCAACAGCCUUGUCAUCUGGCCCUCCGUUGCCCCACAGAGCCUGCAGCUCUGGGAAGGUGUCUUCCUUCGGUGGAACAGGCCUUCCAAGUUCUUAGACGAAGCCCAUGAAGAAAUGAUCAACAUUAUAAAAUACAACAAGGAACUUCAGGCAAAGGUUAAUGCAUUGAGGAGACAGCUAGCAGAGAUGGAAACAGAUGAUAGGAUGCAGGAGAACCUGUGAGCUGGCAGGGCUUUGCCUCAGGUCUUUCCUUUCCAGUCCCCUUUAUGUUAAGGACCAAACAUGGAAAGUGCAUGUGUUGCAGAGCCCUCUGGGUACAGCUGAUGCUCAGUCCUCCCACUGCUGAAACCUUCACUUCACACUAUGUACCUCCCUGCUUUUUGGGAGGGAUUUUUGUUUUGUUUACAGAAGACACACACAACUGGGCAUAGUGUCCGCUCUUGGCAGCUUUUCUGUCUCGAAAUUGUGUACGGUGUCAGCAGAAGCUGGAACUCUUACCUCCACCCAACUGUUUGGAUGACCAGGAUGGGCCAAGAGACAGGAUGUUUCAAGUUUAUUUUGGACUUUUUCUGGUUUUGUCGAACUCUCUAAACACUCGGCAGGAUUAGAAUACAAAGCUAUGUAUGGAUGGGUAAAGAAAGGCAUUCUGUCUGAAAGCACCUUUUCUCUCCAAGAGUAAUUAAGGCAGCUUAGUUCUUUAGUUUCCUAGAAAAAAUAGAAAAAUGGCAUAAUCUAACUACAGGUUCUACCAGUCUAUAUGAUACUCUCAGUAGGCUUCACAUCUAACACUUGGGUUUUUGUGGUUAAGCAUUGCCUUGGGAGCAGUUAGUUGAAUACCAAACCAGAGCAAGAGAUUUCAGUGCAAUACAGAACUGAAGUAGGGAUUCUGCUGCUAAUGUUUAAGCCGUGGCCUUCAGGUGGAGUUGUCCCUCGUGGACAAAUAUCUCCUAAGGAGUAACAAACUUCGUUUAUUCUACCUGGAAAACAAAAAGGUUGAGUAGUUGGCGGAGGUGUUCACUUGCAAAGCAGCGGCUCAGAGUUGUCCUUUCAGCUAGAGCCAAGCUGCCCUCUUGAAGCUUCGGACUGUGCUGGCUGUUUUUGUACAUUGGAGCAGCUCACAGCAUUGCUAGGGUGCAAGAGCAGCACUUAAUCUACAGCUCAACAAAAGGCUUUUGUUCCACCUGGUGCGCUCUCCCCUCUCACGCUCUUACUAUAUGUUUUGUGAAACAUCAAAAGCAGAAGAUGGGAGUUGAGGUGAUCUGACGUAUCAGGUAGCUGCUGCAGAUUAAGAGGCUGUCACACUACAAACACGCUAAGAGUUUAGAUCAUUUGGAGCUGCUAAAACUGCUUAAAGACUUUAGGGAUAAGCUUUUUUCCAAGUAACUUUGUAUUUCGAAGCUGAUCUUUGUUUCUGUGACUGCAAUCAGCUUUUAUAAAAUUGGGUUUUUGCUACAGAAUUUUUUUUCUCCUUCAAAAAGACAGAUAAGAGUGGGUCUGAAAUGCUAACUCACCUAGGCGUUUGUUCAGCUUGAUCCCUUUGGUAGCUGUACAUGACCGAGAAGACUUGAAUUAACAACAGCACAUGUGGCUGGGAUUCUCUUAAAAGGCGCUUGCUCUUAGCCUGUUUCUACUGAAACGAAUGGAGCUGCGUUAGGUCAGCGUUGAUCUCUGGAAAGGGUUGAGCUUCCGUGAUGCUUUAUGCUGUUUGGAGUGAAGCUGCCUUUAUUUAAAAAACACUUCAUGUGAAGAUUAAUAUAUGUGAAAAGGCAGGAUCUUUAGUUGUCAUGGAAGUGUCUGGAGAGUAAUCUGCAAAAAUCAUGUAACCACUAACUAUAUUCUAAGACAAGUUCUAUAACCGAGGAAGCUGUAUAAAAUGAUGUGAUAGUGAUUAAGUGCUACCUUAACGUGUUAUGCUUCAGUCCUCAUUUCCCUAAUUUCUUCUUGGCUAACCUAAACUUAGUCCUGAAGUCAUCUGGCUUGAAAAAUAAAAAGACCCUUUUUAAACCGUUGUCCACUUAAAGCAGAAGAAUAAUUCCCCCUGCUUGUAAUACCAGUUUCUUUUUAGGUUUGGAGGGCAACAGUCUUGUUCACUAAAUCAAGCCUGACACAGGGAAAUCUUCUCGGGGUGGCUGGUGACCUGUGCUGCGUAACAGGGGUGGCACAAGUUGGCCAUGCCUUCCUCCCGCUCCCAAACCCCGGCUUCUGGAGCUGCCUUCUGGGUAUACGGCAAAUGCAAGCCCUUAAAAUUAUCGCUCACCCUUCAAAAUCAUGUCUGUGGGAUCUGCACUCGCCUGGAUGUUGGAUCCCCAUCCAGUUCAGAAUCUGUACUGUUUCUGUACGUCUGAAAUACAUUAGCACUAGCUAGAUGGGAAGGACUGGGAAGGCACUAUUUUCCCUAUAAUAGACUAUACAUAAAACACACUUAAAGGUUAUGCAAUUUCCUAACGUAGUAAUUAUAUAUUGAGCUAAAUAAUAGAGAAGCAAAGCAGGGUGUUUUUUUUUUUUAUCUAAUUGCCUGGCUGCUCUAGUCUCUCAUGCAAACUGCAGGCAUCUGAGGAAAUUGGGUAACCAGCUGUGACAGCUAACAAAAGGCAGAAAAUUCUCUCUGAGCUGGCAUUUCAUCCUCGACUUGUAUUUCAGGACUGAACCCACACCCAAGUGCGGCGUGCUUGCCUUGGCUUAGUGGUAGCGUGGAUCACAGCCUGCAUGUGAAAAUGCUAGUGUCGUUCUGAGCGGCCACAGCCGUUUCUUCCCCGAUUCCUCGGCUGUGCAUCACCCUGUAGCCACUGCGAGCUGGAGGCUUAAGUUAACCUGGAAAUAGUCACCUUUGGGAGGUGUUACUGGAGCAAUCCGGCAAGGUAUUGCCUGUGGCGGAGUUGAGACAAGCUGCGUGGGCCCUUGCAGGUCCUCCUGGGAGAAGUCGGUUCACAGACCUCUUGUGUCAGGCUGCUUGCACGUUCCCCUUUUCAUUCUCGGUGCUUCCCAGGCUCCAGUCUGGUGGCUACUGGUGUAAGACACAGUGGAGCACUCCAGUUCUUUGCUUACCUGCAUGUCCAUCAUAUUUAUUCACACAUUUAAUAUUGAGGAGCAGCUUGCUUCCUCCGAGCGGGGGGAUGUCUGCCCCCUGCCGUCACCGACACCCUGUUUGCAGGUUACCUGCGUCUUCCUGAGCCGUGAGCGCUGCGGCAGCGCCCGGCUCUGGCGCUGCAGUCUGACGCUGCCUUACGCUCUUGCUGACACCCCUGCUUCUGCUCUUUUGCACACAGGUAUUUGUAUAAUAAGCUGGACGCUGAGGGCCCACUCCCCCAGACUCUGAGGUCAAUCAAUGCAGACGCUCUGCCAUUUACAAAAAACAAAACAAAACAAAAGGGAAAAAGAACUAACUUGCACAGCUUUCAUAAGGGAAUAUGUACCUUCAAUAUUUUGAUUGUAUUGAUCUAACUCUUGAAUGUGGCCACCGGUUUAAGUGCACUAUUGUCCAUGUUGCAUAUGGUAUAACUUAAAUUGCACUGUACAGCAUAUUGGCGUCUCAUGUAUGCUUCGCUAAAGCCUUGGGAAGUGCUGUCGUGUACACGUUCCUGUAGGAGGGGAAAACGUCUAUACUAGCACUCCCUUUUUCUUCGUAACUGUGUGACAUUGAAUAGCACCGUGUGAUGUGCGCUACGUACCUGUUAACUAGUACAAAUUUAAGUGAUGAGUGCACUUCUGUCCAAACAUCUGGAGUUGCUAAUUGGACUUGGCUGCUGCAUCAGACUUGAUUUUUUUAAUUAUUAUUAUUUUUUAAAAUGAAAUAAGUAACAGAGCUGGGAGUUGUGUGCUAUUGUUCGAUGUAUGCUGUAUGUGUACGGGAUCCCAGCCGCGGUGGUGUUGAAUAUAUUGCAAAAAAAAAAAGAAAAGAAGGUAACAAAUCUGAGAGAAACUAUCAUGGCUCAAAUUGUGUAGCUGUUUGGGGGGAGAAAAACAGAUAAAAAGUGGCUGUAAACUUUGCUGUAGAUAUAUUGAGAACAUAGUAGAAAUGUCUGUUCAAAUUAAAACCUUGAAGACUCUAAAAAUUUCUUUAAUUACA